AUGAGACAACUUACAGAGGAGGAAACGAAAGUUGUUUUCGAGAAAUUGGCUGGUUACAUCGGUAGAAAUAUAUCAUAUUUGGUGGACAACAAGGAAACGCCUCAUGUUUUCAGACUACAAAAGGAUAGAGUUUACUAUGUGCCAGAUAGUGUGGCCAAACUAGCGACCUGUGUUGCCAGGCCUAAUUUAAUGUCAUUGGGGAUUUGUCUGGGAAAAUUCACCAAGACUGGGAAGUUUAGACUGCAUGUAACAGCUCUCUCAGUACUAGCGCAAAACGCCAAGUAUAAGGUCUGGAUUAAGCCUAAUGGUGAAAUGCCCUUCCUAUACGGUAACCACAUACUAAAGGCUCACGUUGGUAAGAUGUCCGACGAUAUUCCAGAGCACGCGGGAGUGAUUGUGUUUUCAAUGAACGAUAUCCCACUAGGUUUUGGUGUGAGUGCCAAGAGUACAAGCGAGGCAAGAAACCUGCAACCCACAGCUAUCGUGGCCUUUAGACAGGCUGAUAUUGGUGAAUAUUUGAGAGAUGAGGAUACACUGUUCACUUGA